CGUUACUUGUAUCUAUGAUUUCUGUCCAUGCAGCAUAAUUGCGUUUUAUUAUUUCUUCUUUUCAUAGGAUUAUAUACACUUUACUUUGGUUAACGGCUUAUACCCUUCUGGACCCGCCGGCAAAUGUCUCUUCGGAGCUAGAAUUCUUUCGACAUCGGAUGCAUGUGGAGAAGGAUUCGGUGAGGAGAGCUUGCGAAGCGCUGAGACAACAAAAAAGUGCCUUUCAGGGUAGGCAAAGAGCUUGGAAACAACGGAGCGGGAGAGCCACUCUAGAACAACUGGUGCAGGAGGAACGCGAGCUCUCUGAAAUGGAGGUGAGUUUACAUCGCACCAAGAGCCUUUUAGGUGAGAAAAUCAUUCAUCUAAGACAUUUGGAACAAUCUCUGGAACGGGUGGCAAACGAUAAGCGAAAUGAAAACGAUGCUAAGAACGAUGAACUGAGCGAUAUGUCGAGCGCCAGCAGUGGUUUCAGCUCAACUGACUUAGGAACUGAUACUUUUAUAGAUAAGCCAGAUUACUAUCAAGAGUCUACUGAAAUCAUUGCGAGUUUAGAAAGCUUGAACUCAGAAAUACGAGAAAUUUGGGAGGUUUUGAACAAACGUCAAGAUAGUAACAUACCUCCAACACCGACUCUUAUGUACUCUUAUUUGCGUUGGUUGCGGUUUCAUCAUCUCACCACGCAGCCUAACAGCAUGCAAGGUGCCUUUGGUACACCCAAUAUACAAUCUAACAUCCUGUCUCAAUUAACUGCUGCACAACCUCCCAUUACCACGACUCAAAACAUUAUCGCUCAGUACGGCCCUAAUAGUGGCUUCAGCACCAGCGUUGGUACAGUCGAGAGGAAUCCCUCGAAUUUGAUGGAAAGGACCAGAAAUCUCAGGGAUUGGCUACGCCAAGCUCGCGUUGAAAAUACUGACUUGAUUAGUCCUGGUCAGGCAACUCUUUAAAAAUCUACGUUAAAAAAUUUCCCUCAUGUACCCAAUUUCUUUUCUUUGCAAAGUUAGCCCGCAUUCUCAAAUACUCUUAAGCUGACAAUUAAUUAAAAGUAUAACAUUGUCAUUAAUUAAGCAAUACCUGCGUAUUUUUAUAUUUUUAUAGGGUAAUUUAUUAAUUGUGCAAUUUAUUUAUUUAUUCAGCUAAUUUAUUUUAUAUGAAUUACGAAUUAUGAUUAAGUGUUCAUUGAGAGUGGUUUUAUAUACCCUCUCUUGUAAUUUAUAAUGAUCCUAUUUGACACAUAAUGCAUCGAAUGUGUAUGGAACUCAAAUCUGCACUGGCCUGCCACUCCGAAUCUUGUUUCUCUCUUUGCUAAAUCGCCAAAAUCGUCAAGAAUAUAAUAUGCAUUGUUGCAACAGAUAAUUCGCAUGUGAACGAGGAGAAAACUGGACGUAAUAAAUAACAUGUAAUGCCCAAUAUAGUCAUUUACAGUAACAUUUAUAAUAAUUCAAGCUUAAAUCAUAAAGAUUGAUUACGCCUUGAUAAAAAUUGAAAAAAUUUUAUUAUUAACUUCGAUUGAGAAUUGUCCAAACCUUAAUUAACUGUAUAGCAGUUGUAGCAUAAUAAUUUGAUGCAAUUAUAUUUUGUUAUAUACAGAAAUUGAGGCCACAUCUAAUACAAGCAAAAACAUAUAUAGAAAUGUCUAAAUAAACAUUGAACUAAAACUAUGCCCGGCAUGACUUUCGCUCUCUCGACUAAUUCUUUCAAAUGCUAAAUGUUACAAAUAUUAUUAUAUAAAAAAAUUUGAAGCCAUUAAAAAUUCACAAAAGUUAAUUUU